AUGGAACGAGUGGUUUUUAAAAUUAUGAAUGAAAAUCGUAUUUAUGCUAAUGGAUGCUUCUUAAAUAUUAUUGCUUGGAAUAUUCCUUCUGAAGAACUAGAUGAAAUUAUAAAAAAAUAUCAUUUUGUUUUUUGGAAGGUUUAUAUGGACCUUUACGAAAAAUACAGGAAAGAGAAGAUUGAAGAUAAUAUAGAUACUGCUAUUGUAUGUGUUGUUGUGAAGAAAUAUGUGAAACCUCAUUUUAUUGAAAGCGUACAAUUCACAAAAUUGGAUGUUUCAGAUCUUAUGGGACGUGUUAUUCCUGUUUAUAUGAAUACAAAUGGUAAAUGGAAAGAUCUUAAUAUAGAAGAAGGCAAUAUGGUAGUUAUUGUUAAUCCUCAUAUUUAUAAGACGGAUGAAGAUUCUAAAAAUCAUGCUAUAGAUUUGCAGAAUUCAGACAAUGUUAUAAAUGUUGCUACUGUUGCUCAUGUGUAUAAAUGUGUAGGAAGAAAUUCAUUACCAGACAAAUGCCCUUAUUUAUUGCAUAUACCUAAUACAGGAUUUUAUUGUUCUCGUCAUCUUAGUUGUUUUAGUAGUAGAUUUAAUUUACAUCUAGAAAAGGAAAUGACAAAACAUGAAGAAAAUCGUUUAAAUAAUAAUUAUAAGACAACUCAUUAUUUGAAGCUUGGUGAUUUGAAGCUUGGUGAUUUGAAGCUUGAUGAUUUGAAGAAUGAUGAUUUGAAGAAUGGUGAUUUGAAGACUGAUGAUUUGAAGACUGAUGAUUUGAAGACUGAAGUUUUGAAGCUUGAUGAUUUGAACCUUGAUGAUUUGAACCUUGAUGAUUUGAAGAUUGAUGAUUUGAAGAUUGAUGAUUUGAAGAUUGAGUAUUUGAAGAUUGGGGAUUUGAACAUUGAUUAUAUGGACCGUGAUGAUUUGGACCUUGAUGAUUUGGACCUUGAUGAUUUGGACCUUGAUGAUAUCAAAGGGGAAGAUAAAAAAAGAGAUGAUAACCCAAGAGAUGAUAACCAAAAAGAUGGUAACCCAAGAGAUGGUAACCCAAGAGAUGGUAACCCAAGAGAUGGUAACCCAAGAGAUGGUAACCCAAGAGAUGGUAACCCAAGAGAUGAUAACCCAAGAGAUGAUAACCCAAGAGAUGGUAACCCAAGAGAUGGUAACCAAAGAGAUGGUAACCAAAGAGAUGGUAACACACAAGAAUGUUCAAAUUUUUUUCACAGACGAUUUUCAAAUUCCGAAAGAAAAGAUAACCUCAGUAAACAAAACAACUUUCAGAAUCAUAAUUGCAAUUAUAUAGAUGUUGAUGUAAAAUCUGAGUCUGAUUUAUUUAAUAAUUAUAAUUCUACAUGUACUAGUAGAAAAUUUGUUGAUUCAAAAUGUGAAGUUGAUAUUUUGUGUUCUUUACAUUCAUCCAAAGAGGAGUUAAAAGAAAGUAUACUACCAACAUCAAGUGAAACAAAUGUAGUACAAGAAACAUUCAAAAGAAUAAAUAAUGUAAGGAAUAAACCAAAUGAAACAGAUAGAGCACAAAAUAAGUCAAGUGGUAUAUGUAGACCAGAUAUAUCAUCCGACAGAAUUGAUGGAAUAUCUGAAUGUUUAGAUAUGAAAAAAAGCAUAGGAGAAUCAUCAUCAACAAAACGUAGAUUAUCACCAUCAUUAUUUAGAAAUAACGAAAAUAAUAAAUCGUCAGAUAAUGUAAAUGAAGUACGAAAACCAUCAAUUACAAGAAGUAGAAUCGAACAGAGUUUAGAUGCAAAUAAAGGAAUAGCACAGCCAAAGGAGAGAAAAAAUGAGGCAAAACAAACAUUAUAUGGAAACAAGGAAGCAAAACAAACAUUAUAUGGAAAUAAGGAAGCAAAACAAACAUUAUAUGGAAACAAGGAAGCAAAACAAACAUUAUAUGGAAACAAGGAAGCAAAACAAACAUUAUAUGGAAACAAGGAAGCAAAACAAACAUUAUAUGGAAACAAGGAAGCAAAACAAACACUAUAUGGAAACAAGGAAGCAAAACAAACAUUAUAUGGAAACAAGGAAGCAAAACAAACAUUAUAUGGAAACAAGGAAGCAAACCAAACACUAUAUGGAAACAAGGAAGCAAAACAAACACUAUAUGGAAACAAGGAAGCAAAACAAACAUUAUAUGGACAAAGAAAAUUAUCACACCCUUCAGAUAUAUACAAUAAACAAUUUCAAGAACGAAGUAGCAAAUCACAUGAAAUGGAACAAAAAAGAGGAACAGAAAAAUAUGACAAGGCAUGUUUUCGUGAUUCAUAUAUUAAAACAAAAACACCUUCAUCUCAUUUGACAUCUUACGAAAAUAGGAAAGGGUUAUACAAUACAUAUGUAAGAACAAAUGAAAACUAUGAAGGAACGAAUAAAUUUAUUAAUUCAAAUAUAUAUAGAGAAACAAAAACAAAAGAACAAAUUUAUCCAAAUAAUAAAGAAAAAAUCAAUAAAAAUAUUUUGGAUAAUCAAAAUAUAACAGUAGGUAAAAAACGUCCUUUUGGUGAUAUGUAUGAUAUUAAAAAUACAUGUGAACAAAAAAAUGCUUUUUUUUCUGAAUCUCAAAAAGUAUAUAGAACAAAUAAUAAUAUCUAUCAAAAUAAUGAUAAAUUAGUAAAACAUCCAUCUGGAAAAGAAAAUAAUAUAAAUCCUUACACAAAUAAUACACUAUUAGAAUGUUUCACAGAAAGAGAUAUAGAAGAACAUAUUAAAAUUCGUAACAAAUACUCUCAUACUCCAGUUGAAAAUGAACAUAUAUUAAAUAGAAGUAAAAAUGAACAAAAUAAUGAAAGAAAAAAAAUAAAGAAACCACUUCAUAUAAUAUUAAAUGAAAUUGAAAAGGCAGAACUUUAUGGUGUAAAUGAACUAUAUAAAAUUUCUAUAAAUAUGAACUCAAUUAUAAAAAAUUUUCAACAUUAUAUAGAGGAUUUAGAUUAUAAAAAAGUUAUGCAAAUGUGCAAUAGAUUGUCGAUGCACAACUUUAGUUAUAUAAGAGAUAUAGCUUCAAUACUUAUAAGAAAAAUGCAAGAAACAGUUGAUCAAAAAUAUACAGAAUUCAAAUUCUAUUCAAAUUAA